AUGGCUGCAAAAGACCAAGAAAAGGUUGAUAUGCCGCCAGCCACCGAGAAGCCAGAAGAAACGCAGAAUGAAUUCGAGACGUCUGGCCAAGUCCUUCCUGGUGACAAGGAUGUGUCGGUGUCGGUAUUGCUUCAUGAUGCCAAUACCAAGGCCCUCACACGAAAGCUCCUUUUCAAGCUGGACACAAGAAUCCUACCUGUUCUCGCCGUUCUUUUCCUUUGCUCAUUUCUCGAUCGGACUAAUGUUGGAAAUGCCAAAAUUCUCGGCUUGGAAGAAGACAUUGGUAUCGAUAGUGACCAAUACGCCAAUGGUCUGGCCAUUUUCUUUGCCUUUUAUAUUGCCGCUGAAGUCCCCAGCAAUCUGGUGCUCAAGAAAGCAAGUCCUAGGAUCUGGCUGGCCUUCUUAACUGCUGUUUGGGGCAUCAUUGGCAUGUGCUUGGGAUUCAUUCAGAAUUAUGCUGGAUUUCUCACUGUUCGAGCCUUUCUCGGUCUUGCAGAGGGCGGUCUCCUCCCUGGCAUGGUUCUCUACCUCUCUGGAAUGUACACCAGAGGCGAGAUGGCCCUCCGCAUUGGUCUCUUUUACACUUCAGCCUCUCUAGCCGGUGCUUUUGGUGGGCUCCUCGCCCGAGGUCUAUCAUCUAUUGGCCCCCAUGGAGGUCUCGAUGCAGGCUGGCGAUGGAUCAUGGUGAUUGAAGGUCUCUUAACUUUUGUCGCCGGCGUUGCGGCUUAUUUCCUGCUUCCAAACAGCGUGACCACCGCCUGGUUCUUGAAGCCGGAAGAAAGGCAACUUGCCCAGAGACGACUUCGAAAUGACACUUCUACGCACUUGCCCGACGGUCAUCACACCGAAGGAACUGAGAAGUUCCGAUGGUCAGAAGUACGCCGGGGAGUGUUCAAUGUUCAACUCUGGCUCUCCGCAACGGCAUACUUUUCCAUUCUGUCUGGACUGUACUCCUUUGGACUAUUUGUACCGACGAUCAUCAAAGGAUUGGGCUACACGGCCAACGAAGCCCAACUAUGGUCCGUUAUCCCUUAUGCGGUUGCGGCUGUCAUCACCGUCGUGGUGGCGAUCGCUUCCGACCGUCUGAAGCUGAGAGGGGUGGUCAUGCUGUGCACAUUGCCUCUGGCUAUCAUCGGCUACGCUGCAAUUGCCAAUAUUGACAAACACGACAACAAUACCAAAUAUGGCAUGACAUUCCUGAUGGCCACGGGCUUAUAUGCCAGUGUCCCACCGGUCCUGGUAUGGAACUCGAACAAUUCGGCUGGACAUUACAAACGAGCCACCACCUCGGGACUUCAACUUGCUAUAGCCAAUUGUGGAGGAUUUGUCAGUUCAUUCAUUUACCCAUCAUCUGAGGCACCGCAGUACCACAAAUCCCACACCAUUAUCUUGGGCCUGUUGGUCUAUGCUUGGUUCGCGAUUUUGUGCAACGUUCUCUACUGCGCCAAGAUCAAUCGUGAUAAGGCCAGUGGAAAAUAUGACAAGUACAUCGGAUAUGGAGAUGAUCGAGAUCCUGAGUUUAAGAUGGUCCUGUAA